AUGACCCCUGUCGACCAAGACAUACAAGAUCAUUUCAUUAGCCAAUUAGACCGGCGGUUGGACGAGAGGACCAAAUCCACUUGCGAGGGACCAGUUACUAAGGAAGAGUUGAUGGCGGCAGUGAAACACAUGCACCGGAACAAGUCACCUGGACCAGACGGGCUUACAAUGGAAUUUUACCAGACCUUUUGGGCUGAACUGGCAGACAACAUGGUAGAAUUGUUGAACAUAAACCACUUAAACGGGGCAAUGAACGCCAAUCACUUCUACGACUAUUGUAUAAGAAAGACAACUGACUGCUGCUAA